AUGGAGAUAUACAGGAAAAAAAAAAUUAUUUUCGCGUACCUUGUGUAUAAAAAGUAUAUCUUAAAAAAAAAACGACGAUAUUGGGUACACCCGUUCACUGAUAGUCGACUCACGUGCGGGAUAUUUUAUACAUCUUUUAAUAAUCUUCGAGAAAAUGAUGAAAAAUUCUUUAAUUAUUUUCGAAUGAGCGUGAAAUCGUUUGACGAGUUAGCUGCAAAAAUUUCAACAAAAAUUAAGUCUCAAGAUACAUGCAUGAGAUUGUCCAUACCACCACUUGAAAUGCUCGCUGUUACUUUGAGGUAA